AUGCGGUUUUUGCUUAAUGCGUCCGUGGAUGACGGCACGAAGGAGACCGCAUUCAUAUACGCAGUGACAUCGGCGGGCCUCGUGCAUUCGGUGACACGAUCGUGCAGCGCAGGAAACAUGACCGAGUGCUCCUGUGACACGAACCUGCGGCACGGCGGCUCGGCCAGCGAGGGCUGGCACUGGGGCGGCUGCUCCGACGAUCCCAUUAAGAAUGUAACGGGCAAGAGCGGGAGCGGACUGGCGGCGAUGAACCUGCACAACAACGAGGCUGGGAGGCAGGCUGUAGCAAAGCUGAUGUCAGUGGAUUGCCGUUGUCAUGGUGUUUCUGGGUCCUGUGCUGUGAAAACUUGUUGGAAAACAAUGUCCUCCUUUGAAAAGAUUGGCCGUUUUUUAAAGGAUAAGUAUGAAAACAGCAUACAGAUAUCAGACAGACUGAAAAAAAAGCUACGCAGGAAAGAGAAAAGCCAGCGAAAAAUACCAAUUGGGAAAGAAGACCUGCUGUAUGUGAACAAAUCGCCCAAUUACUGUGUUGAAGACCAAAAACUGGGGAUCCCUGGGACUCAGGGAAGGGAAUGUAACCGCACCUCAGAGGGACCCGACGGCUGCAACCUCCUCUGCUGUGGGCGCGGGUACAACACCCACGUUGUCAGGCACGUGGAAAGGUGCGAAUGCAAGUUUGUCUGGUGCUGCUACGUGCGCUGCCGGAGGUGCGAGACCAUGACCGACGUACACACCUGCAAAUAA